GCAUUAUGGUAAUCUGGCUUGGUCUGGUUAGUUCAUGUUUUCUGGUUUUGAUCCGUACAUAAUAUACGUAAUUUGGUGUCUUGUGUUCAUUUGUUGUCUUGGAAUGUUGGUGUAUCUCAUUUGGGGGGUGUGGUAUGGUUUUCAUAUAUCAUGGGAAAAUGCAAGUGGCCAGCAUCGUUUUGACUUGAACUGUCUAAUGUAUUACCUACCAUUCCUCCAGGAAGCACCAAAUCUUUGGACUAGAAUUUUGUCUAGUAGUACUAACAAUCAUACUAGCAAGUACUAGUAAGAG